UCUCCUCCCAUAGUUAAAUUAAAAACAGAGCAAGCACAACCUCUCGCUCCCGCGGCUUUCCCCCCUGUGACCGUUUUUCCCCAACAGCGGUAAGACUGUGAAAGAUGAUGAGGGUGAUCGCACCGAACGUAUGAUAAUCUAGACGACGGCCUCCGAGAUAGCGCCCCCUUUUGGGAGAUGUUACAGCUCCUACGGGAUAUUGAAGAGCACAAUAAAGCAAGCCUGGCCGAACGGCGAAGUAUGGCAGAGCAUUUACAAGAGCUGCAUGACUGGCUGGUACGAGAUCAGCAGGACCGCCAUGCUUCCUUCCGUGGACUUGCGGAACGUAUCCAGCACUUGUACUCUGCCUUGCUGCCUUCGAUGAACGAACGUAUCCAGCAAUUGCAUUCUGCCCUUUCUGAGGCCAAUUCUAAUAUUAUUGCACCACCGCCGCCAUUUCGUAAGUAUCUCCACAUGAACUACAUUAGUACUCACGCUUGGCUGCACACUUAGCAUCUGUUUGACCACCAUCUGUUGUCGUAUCUGCAACUGCUCCACUCAAGGACCCUUCGGUGCCCCCUUUCCCCACAACAACCAAUGAUUUACCCGAACCUGCCUUAGGACCCUGACG